ACAAAAGUUGCGCGCGGAUUUGAAAAAGGCACGAGGAAAAGGAGGAAUAGUAUCGGAGGGGAAGCACACGGAAAAGGGCAAAGUGAAGAGGAGGAAAACCAGAGACGAAGACCAGAGGGAGAGGGGCGGCGAAGAAAGCGAAAUGGGGAAGCAGGAUCUGAGCGAGGAGCAGGUGGCAUCGAUGCGGGAGGCGUUCUUUCUCUUCGACACCGACGGCGAUGGCCGCAUCGCUGUGUCAGAGCUGGGUGUCCUGAUGCGCUCCCUCGGCGAGAACCCCACUCAGGCGCAACUCAAAGACAUCGUCUCCCGGGAGAAGCUGACCGCCCCCUUCGACUUCCCGCGGUUCCUGGAGGUGAUGAAAUCCCAAAUCAGUCCGGAGCCCUUUGCCCCCAAGCUUAGGGACGCAUUCAAGGUGCUGGACAAGGAGGGAUCUGGCUUCAUCUCUGCAUCCGAGCUGCGCCACAUCCUCACCAGCAUUGGGGAGAAGCUUGAGCCCUCAGAGUUCGACGACUGGAUCCGCGAGGUCAAUGUUGGCUCGGACGGCAAGAUCAGGUAUGACGAUUUCAUCGCCCGCAUGCUUGCCAAGUGAAGUGAUCCACUGCCCUUCAUCAUUUGGACCUCGUUUUUAUCUUUUUUUUUUUUUUUAAUUUGGCGUUAUUUCUCUUUCUCUAAAUUUAUCAGAGGGAGCAGUCAGUUAGUCUCUAUCUCUAUAUUGGUGUCGUCUCCGCUGUCUUCUUGUUUGCCUAUUAUUGGCUUUUGUAUCUGUGUUGCUAUUUGAUGCCUUCAUGGCAUGGGAUUAGCCUUACUGCUCCCUGGUUUCUAUUUAUCAGUAGUUGGAAACUGGAUUGAUCCCUUGCAUGCACAUCUUACUUUUUUAAUGAAUGAAAAGAAUUAUUUUGUUA